UUUUUUUUUUUUUAAUAAAUUAUUAUUUGUUAAUUUUUUAAUAUUACAUUAUUUUUUUUAAAUAUGAGUUUUUUACAAUGAGUAUUAUAACGUAACAAUUACUACAAUAUUGAAAUGCCCGGAGCGAGCAAUUCAUUCCCACUUUGUGCAAUCUUCUAGAUAAUCAUUGACUUUAUAGUAAGCUUUAUUGCACAGAUGUUCUUUAACAGUUUUCUUAAACCUAUGUAUAUGUAGGUUCUGAACAUCUUCUGGGAUUUUGUUGUACAGGCGCACAGACAAACACCCGAAUGAAUUUCGUAUCUUAUGUAACCUACUCAUCGGCACAACAAGCUUGUGUUUGUUCCUAGUAUUUCUAUUAUGUAUGUCCGACUUUUUAGGAAACUCCUCAAUAUGUUUACGAACAUACAUCAAAUUUUCAAAAAUGUACUGGGAUGGCAUAGUGAGAACUUUAAUUUCUUUGGCGGAUGGAUUGGAAAUGAUUGGCGGAUUGGUGAUGAAGUAAUGUCUAUCACAUAAUUUCGGUUUACGACUAUGUUUAUCCAGCGCCUUCGUUUAAUAUUAAUAGUUGCUAUUAGUAUCCUGUAUUUAGUGGAAAUUUUGAAUUUUGCCUAAUUCAUGCUUAUUUGGAAUAUUGCGAGUGCACAAAAUUUUUUUGUGGCGCUGCCGGUUUUGUGCUAUAACAACCAUUAUAUAACCCAAAUGGGAUUUCGAUUUAAUACUCAAUCGUCUCAAGUUCAUCUUCUAAGACGUAAUGCUUGGACCCUAGUAGUCAUUACCGGGCUGCCGCCGCGCCAUGCCGCAGGGUAACAAUGAUGAAGUGAACAUAUAUGUAGGUACGUUGAUAAAUUGUAUUAUCUAUGACCAAGGUUCUGUUACCAUGACAACCGCUUGUAUUUUUGAGUUCAAUUUUUCACAACAUUUAUUUGACAAAGCAACAUAUAACAAAAGUGGUUUGUCAUCAAUAUAAAGAAAGUAAGGUUUAAAAGUUGUUUUGUCAAAAGUUGUGUUGUUUUGUUAUAUGAUUCAAACAAAAGUCCUUUUUGUCCUAAUAUCCUUGACAGCCCGGUUCCGGAAAACGUAUUUUUAAUAAUCGUAUUUUCAAUCGAUAGUUGCAAUGAACAAGCCCCUGAACCAGGAAGACAUUGCAGCGAUGGAGAAUCAGCUCCGGAAUUGCGUAGAAGACGACAGAAAAUACUGGCAAGUUAAUGACGUGAAAUGCGACGCUAUACACACCGCCAAAACCUAUGAGGAAUUUGCUGAUCGUGUCUCUGCCGCUCACUUGAGGCCUUUAGAGAAAUCCGACUACAAACAAAAGAUUCGACGGACUUGGAACCAGUGCGCUACGAACACGAAAAAUGUCGAAGAAUAAAAAUUUAUAAUUGGUGUUCGA